UCAUUUGCACUAACAUCUUAACUGUUUCCAUAUCAAAUCGAGCAAUGGCUAAGUCUGAUUCCGUCGAAAAUCGUAACAAGCCGAAGCAGUCGAAGAACAAAAAGAAAAAGAAGAAUCCAAAGUCUUCGAGCGAUAGCGUCGACAACACUAUGUCUUCCAAGGAGCCGCCAUCAACCUCCGUAGCUCCAAAGAAACAAAAGCCGAAGAAGAAUAAGAGGCAGAGGGCGGUUAAAAACAAGCUCCAACUGUCUCGCCGCAUUGCGACCAUUUGGAUCACCAUCUACUUUUGGUUCUGGAGUAGCUUCGUCCUGUUCAAGAAGAAGAUACACGAGAGUCUGGUGCGCUUUAAUCUGGCCAAGCUAAAGCACAGAUACUACAACAACUACCAUCGCUUUUUGAUCCAGCGACGCCAGGAGCGUCGCGAACCCAAGUAGAAAUAGGAAACAUAACUGAAACUUUAUAUAUAUGUAUAUAUAGUAUAUAUAUAUAGUAUAAUUCAUAUAUAUACAUAUAUAGUAUAAUUCAUUCGCCCCACAAUU